UAUUAAUUCGGUUAUUGGGAAUCAGCGGUAUCACUAUCUUUUUUGAGAUUUCGGUAUUAUUGUGGCAUCCCUUUGUCACCCCUACCACUGACUAGUAUCUUUUGUGUGUACAUUUAGCCGUCACUUGACAUGUAUUGAAGAAUGUCGGAGAUAAGGCGACGGGGAGGUGGUGAAGGAGGAGGAAAGGAGUUGUACUCUGAUCUGUAUUCUAGGGAUAAGGACAUAGAUGUGAGGUUAGAAGGAAAGGGUGAUGCAGAUUCUAGAAGACCCAAGCUGGACAUUAAAGAAAUAUUUCCUGCUGUUGAUGACACCACUGCUCAAAAGAAGAUUCCAUCAGGUUUGUCUGCAAGAUGGAAGAACUGGUGGAUACGUGGCUUACUGACAAUAACAAUGAUUACCUUAUUUUUUCUAUUUAUCUACUUUGGGCCUCUUACACUAUUGAUUUUGAUUACCAGUAUCCAGAUCAAAUGUUUUUAUGAGAUUAUUAAUAUUGGAUAUAAAGUCUACCAUUCGUAUGAGCUGCCAUUGUUCAGAACUCUUAACUGGUAUUUCCUGCUAUGCUCAAACUACUUCUUUUAUGGCGAGACUGUGACAGAUUACUUCUUCACCCUUGUACAGAAAGAAGAACCUCUUCAAAUCCUGAUUCGCUAUCACCGAUUCAUAUCCUUUACAUUAUAUCUUUCAGGUUUCUGCAUGUUUGUAAUAAGAUUAGUGAAGAAGCACUAUAGACUGCAGUUUUACAUGUUCGCUUGGACUCAUGUCACGCUGCUGAUAAUUGUCGCUCAGUCUCAUCUUGUUAUCCAGAAUCUUUUUGAAGGGAUGAUCUGGUUCAUCUUUCCUGUAUCCCUUGUUAUUUGCAAUGAUAUAAUGUCAUACAUUUGUGGCUUCUUUUUUGGAAGGACUCCAUUAAUUGAGUUGUCUCCUAAGAAGACUUGGGAAGGGUUCAUUGGAGGUUUCUUUACAACAGUAAUGUUUGGAUUCAUUAUGUCCUGUUUGUUAGUCCAGUAUUAUUACUUUAUCUGCCCAGUGGAGUACAGCAAUGAAACUAUUGGAGUCAAUGUGAACUGUCAACCUUCAGAGAUAUUCCAGCAGCAUGAGUAUCAUGUUCCGUAUGUUUUGCAGGACCUGCUGGGUUGGAAAACUAUACUGCUUUAUCCAUUCCAAAUGCAUAGUGUGGCGCUUUCUGUUUUUGCUUCACUGAUUGCACCGUUUGGAGGGUUCUUUGCCAGUGGAUUCAAAAGAGCUUUCAAAAUUAAGGACUUUGCAGACACUAUCCCUGGUCAUGGAGGCAUUGUGGAUCGCUUUGAUUGCCAGUACUUAAUGGCUACAUUUGUCCAUGUUUACAUUGCCAGCUUUAUAAGGGGACCAAAUCCCAGCAAACUGCUCCAGCAGCUUCUUGCCCUUCAGCCUGAGCAGCAGCUUCUUGUCUACAGCGCCCUGAAGUCACAGCUAGAAGACAGAGGCCUCAUCUAGCAGUCAUGCAGUGAAGAAUGAUAAAUUGUAAAUGAAUAGCUCCGAAGGAAACAAAUGGAUUCAAUAAGUGCAUUGAACACCAGCUUUGAUGGGGCUGUACUGGUUGUCAGCAAACUUUGCAUUUAUCACCUUUAACGAUCAAGCAAAGGGAACAGGUGCAGCCCCUGGAAAUUUUUGUUUGGUUUAUAAAAGAGGAUGCUGGCAAUAAAGAAAUUAUUUAUGAAGAGAUGGAGGGUUACAGAGCAGAAAUUUUGUAGUAGAGUAUUUUGGACAUAGAAAAUAACAGUAAAAAUUCUCUUCACGUUUGCUGUGUUUCCUCAAAGUAAUGAAGGUAAAUGGAUUCAGAAGAUCUAUUAAGAAAUUAAACUUCAGCCUGCAUCUAGCUGCUUAGCCUCUACUAAGCCUGGACCCAUCAUGUUAGUCAGGAACUUCAGCAUUCUUCACUUGGUCACAGUGAAGUUUAAUUCAGCCAUCCAUUUGCUGAGUGAACCAUAGCCACCAGCAACCUGGUGCAGCUGUGGUGUCAGGCUGGGGAUGUGAUCUGCCUAAGAGUUCAGCACAUGGUGGGAUAUAUUAAUUAAUUUAAAUCCUGUUUAGCCACAUUGCUACGUGUCCAGUCUCUCUGUAACAGCAUAGUGUAUCUCUUGUAAUCCACCACCACACUGAAUCUGGUCUCAGCAUGCAGCAUGGAGUCGCAUGUAAAGAUAAAGAUAAUUUUUGCUACUUUUGUGAAUUGUUAGUUCACUGUUGCUGAUGAAUGCACCAGUUUUUGCUGAUUUAUUUGCACUCAGUAUCCUCCUGUUUUUUUUGGAAAAAUGAGUGUGAAGUGCAUUGCUUUUCUUCAGUUAAACUGGGCUGAGUAACCAGUCAGGGAAGAUUAAUUCUUCUGUUUGAUGUGCAUGCUGAACACAUGCUGAGAACUUAGCAUUUACAUCAUUACUUCACAUGGUUUGGUAACCUGAACAAAGGGAGGAAGGAAGUUGCAUUAUGGCUGUUGACUCCAACCACUAAAUGAGAAUGUAGAUAUGUGUAAAGAAAUUCACAUGUUUUUCAUAUAUGGGAAAGACAUGAGCAACAGUAGCGUAAUGGAGGUACACAGAACUCUUGAAAUUGAAGUAUAGUCCAGUUUUGGGGUGGGGGGGUAUAGUACCAGGCCACCAAGGUAUGCUAAAUCUUUACUAAAUAGAGUUGCUAUUCAGCUGAUGUUCAGCUGAGAGUUACAAAAGGAGGGAUAAAGAAUUUUGGCUAAAAAUUCUGAAGUGACAACUGAAAGGCUUUGUUCAUGUUUACUGUUUUUUUUCUAGCCCUAUAAAAUAUUACAGUUCUUGUGAGUGUGUACCUCAGUUAUGUACUAGAAAUGGUUGUAGUUUCUCAGGCAAUGUUAGUAACUUUUAAAAGUUGCUUUUUUUUUCAAAUAAAAACAUAGUAUUUAUCAGUAACCCAGAUGUGAUUAGAAGCAGACCAGGUGCACUUCAGAUUGAGUAAAAAUGGAAUAUGGAUACCACAUUUUGUUUCCUGCCUUUACAUAUGAUCUUUAAAUUACCCACCUAGGAGCCCUUCACUGUUUGUGUUACUUCCUGGUCCUACCUCAUCUUCCUGGGACUUCUAUGAAACCCUAAUACAGUGUCCAUUGCACAUUCACUACUGCCAUUUACCAGUCAGUAACUGUAUUGACAUCCUACCUUGCUUUCUUUGGGAGGAGGCUUCCCUUUCCAGGGAGUGAAACCACACUUUGACAUCAGAGGGGGCCAAUAAGAGGUAUCUGUGAUGCAGCCUAAGGGUUCCAGACUUCUGCAUUAUUGAACACUGACUUCCUUUAAAAAUUCUUAUCCAUGUGUCCUUGUGAGAGCUGUAAGCAGCAAAGGGGGCAUCCACCCAAAACACAACACAUAUAGUGCAUCAACUCAGACCCCAGCCACGAGUGAUAUGAUGGCUACUUAGUCUCUCUUCCAUCCAUCCAGCCCUCUGGCAUCUUGAAGCUGUUCCCCAUUCUGGGGGUGCUGGCCUUUCAAACAUAAUUCUGUUUCCUUGUAGUGCCAUAUAGUGGCAUAUUAAGACCUGAAUGAGUCAUGCCACAUGAUUAAUCUGCAUUUGGUGAAACAGAGCAAUGAGAUGGUGAGCGUAUAUGUUUUCAAGUUUGAAGACAUAAACGUGAUUAGCUGAAGUUCACAACAGAUUCACUAAAAGAUUCUCCAAGAUGGAUUGUUGCAUUUAAAUAACACUUGUUUGCAUCACUUUGAUGUAUGUUUGAAGAAUAGUACAGUUUACCUUUCUCCAAGACUAGAGUAAUAGGAAAACGUAAAUCAGCUACUGGCCACUUGUGUAUUAAAUGUAGUUAUCCCUAGAUUACUUAUCAGUUAGAUAAGGAACUGUCUAACUCGAUUCACUUAAAUAUUGUAUGCUGCCUGUCCUUUUUUUCAGUGCCAUAACUGCCUUGAAUCUUACAGCACCUUAUCCUUUCAAAACAUUGAUGCCGGGGUACUUUCUUGGGGGCAGUUGUCUGUCAUUUUAACUUUUUCCUUAUCUUUAGGCUAUAAAGUUGUUAUCAGGAAGUAGCAGUACAUGAAGAACUCUUGAUUUUCAUGGAAGUCAAAGUCUUGUCAAAUAUCAUUCUUCCCUGAACAUAAGACACAGAACGUUGAUCUAAUUCAUUGCAGUAAAAUAAAAACAGUCCCCCCAUCUGAGCAACCACAGGCAGCAGGCAGUCAUGUUCUUGUAUUUAGCACAGGAUAGGCUUACCCACAUAGCCACAUAACUUAAAAGCUAAGGGUAUAAACUGUUCUUUAAGGGAAGCAAGAUUAGGCAUAUUAAGAAAUAAAACUUUAUAUGCCUCAUUUAGCAAGUUACCUUUCAUUAUUACUUUUCUCCAGACCUUCAACGAAGUCAAUAAAAACAUCCUACAAAUAAUCGUUUACCUCCUUUUGUAGAGUUGAAUAAAAGUCACUCGUGCAGUAAAAUUAUCACUGAGGUAUUCAUGCAGAACUUUGGUACAGCUGCCCCAGGUUUUGGAUUGCUAAUGACAUUUUGAACUUUGUUUCCAGAUUGCACAGAAUUCAAAUCCCUUUGUGUCUCAGCCACAUGUCUUGCAUGAGAACUUGCAUAAUAUUAGAUAUACAGUGCUUGAAACAUCCUUCUUCUCCACAGAAAUCAGGGGCUUAUCAAACAAUUUGUUGCUGAAAUGAAUUCAAAGCUCAAAGAACUGUUUCACUGGGGAAGUACGUGUGAAAUGUCAUCAUUAGUCAGGAUGUAAGUUUUUUUUCUGCAGACAUCUUACGUUUGUUACAGCUCUUGUAUUAUUUGCUGUAACAUACCCAGUACAUUAAAGUCAUACAUUUUAAAUGCUUUGUUUUAUCAAACUUUCUUAGUUGUAUACACACAUAUUCAGAACUUUUUACUAAAAAUAUAAAUUUGUUUAAAAUGUUUUAUGUCUUCUUUUUAUCCAUGUGGAGGGUCAUAACAUAAGGAAGAGAGAAACCAGUGUUGACAUAACCAUUUGCCAAAAGUAGUACUAGAAAAGUUUAGUGGCAGCAUGAGUGGGUGGUUAUUAC